AUGAGCGAAUUUCUCCCCAGUCAUGUUGAUUCUAUAUCUUUCUUUCCUCUGAUAGCAUAUACACACACACACACAUCAUCAUCGACAUAUAAUCAUUCAAGUGUACCAGAACAAAAGGAAAAAGAAUUAUAUCAAUUCAUUGUUAAUAAUAAUGAUAAGUUAAAUAGAAGUAUAUCACCGAUUGACCAAUCAUCGCCGUUAUCAUCCUCGCCUAUCAUGCCGGCAAAUAAAUUAGCAUUUUUAAACUCAUCUUCAGCAUUUCCCUCGUCUCAAGCAACGACAAGUACAGUUACCAAUUCGAACGUAUCAAGUGUCAACAUGGGACGAUAUUCACCAAGUAAUUUCUAUCGCGCUGCUGCUGUUGCAGUAGCAUCAAGUGAAUCGAAUAAUAAUCGACGAUAUAUGCCAAGCACACCGUGGUCAAAAUCCAAUUGUUUUGGUGAUAAUUUCAAAUUUGAACCCAAUAGUUUAUUCUGUCCAACUAUUGAUGAUAAUUUUCUUCGUCAAGCUGAAGCUCUUACAAAACCCGAAUCCAGCUCGGCACUUUAUUAUCCUUCGCCGUUCGCUUGUUCAUCAGGCCCGGCGACUGUUUCAUCAUCGUCUUCAUCCUCAUCUUCUACUGUGGCUUAUCCAGGCGCUUCAAAUAUGGAAAAUCAUCUACUUUCUGACCAAAAUUCACAUAAUCAUCAUCUUCAUCACAAUCAUCAUCCGCACAUAUCUUCGGAUUUACAUCCAUUUUAUCAACAUCAAUAUGCGGCUGUCGCACAUCACCAUGCAGCAGCUGCUGCUGGAGUUUUGCCCGGUAUGGUUGUUGGCAUGCAUCAUCAUGGUGUUGUCACGGGUCUUAUGCCUGCUCAUGAACUCGAUGUUGAUCCUCGCGAACUGGAAACAUUUGCCGAACGUUUCAAACAACGACGAAUCAAAUUAGGUGUCACACAAGCUGAUGUUGGACAACAAUUAUCUAAAUUGAAAAUGCCGGGCGUAGGUUCACUUUCUCAAUCAACAAUCUGUCGAUUUGAAUCACUUACAUUAUCACAUAACAAUAUGGUUGCCUUGAAACCAGUUCUUCAAGCAUGGUUAGAAUUCGCUGAAGCAGAAAUGAGACAAAGAAAGAAGGAUGAAUUAAACGGAUCGAUUGGUGGUUCAAGUGGACACGGAAGUUCAACAGGAAGUUUAAUUGAUAAGAAAAGAAAGCGUACAUCGAUUGCAGCACAAGAGAAACGGUUUCUUGAAUCAUGUUUUAUCCAACAACAAAGACCGAGCGGUGAACGUAUCGCUCAAAUCGCCGAUAAACUUGAUCUGAAGAAAAACGUCGUUCGGGUUUGGUUUUGCAAUCAGCGACAGAAAAACAAACGUUUAAGAUUCGCUGCUGGACAAUCGGCAUAA